CUUCCAUAUAAUAAUUUCUGCAAUUUUAGGUUUAUAUAUUCCUAAUUCAAGAUCGUUAAAUCUGCGGUUUAUCUUCUUUGUAUAAAUUUCAAGAUUACACAAUGAGUCGAGGACUCAAAUCAGUUGAAUUGAUGAACGAUCCUCUUAACAGGUUGCCCGAUGAUGUUCUUAACACGAUCAUUUGUAAACUGGAACUGAAAGAUGCAGCAAAGACAAGCGUUUUAUCAAAAAGAUGGAGAUAUGUUUGGAUUAAUCAUCCCGAUCUACACUUUACCCAUUUGAAUGUACUUGGAUUUGAUUAUAGCCAACUUAAGAGAAACUGGGUAGGAGUAGAUACCAUCUUUGUGAAUUUUGUGGAUCAAAUUAUGAAGCAGAGGUUUAAAGGAGAAGACAAGAUUAACUCCUUUUGUCUUCGGUUUGAAUUGGGGAAACCCUUCUCUCAUUGUAUUGAUAAGUGGAUCAGUUAUGCUGUUCGAAAAGAUGUUGAAACCAUUGAUCUUGACUUCUCUAGAUUUCCCUUCAACGCUUCUAGAUAUUCAUCUUUCAAUCAUCGAUUUGCGAGGUAUAACUUUUCGUUGUUACGAACAACUUCAGAAAAUAAAGGGUCAUUGAAGCAUCUUCGAGUCUCCUAUUGCAAUUUCAUGGGUCGGUCAAGUUCCAAGAAGUUUGAUUCACUGGUUUCCCUUAAGCUUCUAAAAGUAAACAUAAGCGAUAUUCAAUUGACAAAGGUUCUAGAAUGUUGCUCGUUGCUCCAAGAAUUAUCUCUGCAUAACUGUUCUAAUAAACUCACUUAUUUGAGUUUCGGGGAUUUGAACAACAACACCCGUCUCAAGGUUUUGUCAUUGAAGAACUGUCUCAAACUUAGGGAGAUUAAUCUAAUCUGUGCCCACAAUCUGAUUUCCCUUGAGCUUGAAAGUAUAAAUAUCAGCGAUCUUCAAUUGGCUAAGUUUCUAGAAAUCUGCCCGAUACUCGAAGAAUUGACUCUCAAUACAUGUUCUCAACUAAUGUAUCUGAGAAUUGACAAUUCCAACAGCUCUUGUUUGAAGAAUUUGUCCUUGAACAGUUGCUCUAAUCUUAGGGAGACUCGUCUUUGUGCCAGCAAUCUUCAUACGCUUUCAUUCACAGGUCACAAGGGAAGUUUCUAUUUUCAGAGAACCCCGAAUCUUGUUAAUGUUUUCAUAGGUGAAAACAUAAAUGGAAUGCAUCCAUUCAGUUUGUUGGAGUCUGAAACCUCGGUAAUCAAGAAUCUAAUAUUGUCGCCAUAUCAUGAUUUAUAUGAUUCAGUUGUCCCAUCUGAUCUCGUGAUGAAAUUCCCAAAUGUUCGGAGGUUGGUUUUGUCUAGUUCCCCGUUCAAAAACGACGACGAAUUGUUAUGGGUCGAGUUUAUCUUUAGGAGUUUCCCAUUGUUGGAAACAUUGGAGUUAAAUUUGUGCAGCCCUAUGAUAAAUCAUGCAAAAGAUCGAGAUAAUGUUUUCGAGAAAUGCCCUAAUCGAUGCAUAACCAAGUUAGAGUUGAAUGGUUUCGUGGGUAAACAACACGAAGUUGUUUUGCUUGAGUAUCUAUUAGAUAAUCUACCCGGGCUUCGAGUAUUGGCCAUUGGUCCAUCUCAGAAGGUUUACAAUGGUUUCAAUAGUUUUGUUAAUGAAGAAGCAAGCAUAUGGGGGAAAAGAUGGUUUCAAAUCCAUUCUAAUUGGCUUCGAUCUAUAGUUCCUUCUUUUGUUCGUAUAAAGUUUCUAUAA